ACUCGUGAGUGAGAAUAAUCGUAUACGAUAAAUUUAGCUUUUGAUAAAAUUAAGGAUAUCUUACAAGUGAAUAAUCUUAAAGAAUGAAGACUGUAAACAUAGCCUGCGUUUUGUUCUUAGUCACUAUGGUUAAUUCGAAACCUGCAGACACGUACACAGACAAAUUUGAUACUAUAGAUAUCAAUGAGAUCCUCGAAAAUCGGCGACUACUUAUUCCUUUUAUUAAAUGUUUGUUGGAUCAAAGUAAAUGCUCAGCGGAAGGGAAAGAGUUGAAAUCUCACAUCCAGGAAGCUAUGGAGAACAACUGUGCUAAAUGUACUGAUGCACAAAAGAAAUGGACUCGUGUGGUGAUAAGUCACUUUAUCAAAAACGAACCCGAAUACUGGAAGGAACUCUCUGCCAAGUACGACCCGCAGAGCAAGUACGUCAAGAAAUACGAUGCGGAGCUAAAAUCUAUUAAGGCUUAAUGUUGCUAGCGCCGAAAAAAAUGAUAUCUUCUGUUGUUGGGUUAUAUUU